AUGCGCCGCAUCCCACUAACAACGCUCUUCGGAGUGGACGCGCCUCAUGACGACAAGCACCAUUUUGAGACAUCAUGGCUCCUCCCGCCAACACUCCUCGCCUGUCUGCGCGGCCUGAUCUCACUCUACAUUUUCACCAGCAUCUUCACGAUCUGGGGCUGGUACGGAUCCCACGAUGAACGCUAUGUGAUCGGCCAAUCCUUCAGCUUCUUCACUUGGUUGACAUACUGGGGUCUGGGAUUCUACAUGCUCUUCGCUGCGAUCCAUACAGCCUGCUACGCACGAACAGGUCGCUCGGUCCUCUUUGAUCGCUGGCCGCGAGCCUGUCGUGUGCUCCAUAGCCUGUUGUAUGCGACGAUCACUACCUACCCGUUCCUUGUGACGAUCGUUUUCUGGGUGAUUAUCUACAGCUCGCCGUGGUAUAAGGUGACAUUUACGGGCUGGCAGAAUAUCUCCCAGCAUGGCCUGAACUCCCUCUAUGCCCUCCUUGAAAUCUUCUUACCUGCUACUGCACCGCAUCCCCUCAUCGCAAUCCCAUUCUUAAUCCUCAUCCUCCUCUUCUACCUCUGCGUUGCAUACAUCACCUACCACACCGAGGGUUACUACCCCUACACAUUCCUAGACGUCGGCAACCACGGUCAGAAGAGCGGUCGUGUGACGGGAUACUGUUUCGGGAUUCUAGCCGCCAUCCUGGUGAUCUUCUUCAUUGUCUAUGGACUGAUUCAUUUGCGUCGCUGGUUGACGCAUGGGAAGAUUAAGCGCGCGAGGAGGGAUCCGCUUUGUCGGGGUGAUGGGUUGGGGUUUGGGGGUUUGACUAGGGGGGGUGGGGAGGAGAUGGUCGAGACGAAGGAGGUUCCUGUUUGA